UUUGAUUCAAAUUCAAGAAAUUGACUCUUAAUCAUCAACAACUUGUUGACAACAAUUAUCUCGGUCAUUUUGUUUUCCCUUUUAAUUUUAUGGUUGGCAUUUUAAUCCAAAGAGCUCAGGAUAGUUAGAAGAUUAAUAUGAAUCUAAAUGAUUUACCUGAUGAUUGUUUACUUUUGAUUUUUGACCAAUUUUCUGAUCUUGGUUCGUUUCCGAAGUUAACAAAAGUGUGUAAACGAUGGAGAGAUUUGGUUCAAAUAAGACUACGCAAAGUUAUCUAUUUGAAAUAUAUUGCUACUUCUUCGCUAGAAGAUUUUCGUGUCAAGCCUAAAUUGUUUGGUAAAUGUAUUCUCUCUAAUGACCUCGUGCUUCUUGAGAGUAUUAAACUCUCUCAAUUUCUGCCUAAUGUUAAGAAAAUUAACUUCUACAAAUUUAAUGAUUACGAACAAUGCUUAUGCUCAGCAUUAGCGAAUUUACUUGCCACUGGAAAUCCAAUCACUCAACUGAUCUUCACAAUUAAUGAUCAAAUUUUUACGCAUUCAUGUCCAAUCAUGAAGAAUUUGUUUCAAUUCAUAAUACCCUAUUUGGAAAAUAUUGAACAUUUAAUAACUAAUGUUAAUCUUCUGGUGGAAAAUUAUUUUCAAGCUUAUGGUAAUCACAACAAAUUGAAAAGUCUUGGUAAUCAUUUAGAUUUAUCGAUAGAUUUGUCCCAUGUUUUGAAUUUCGCCGAUUCCAUGACCAAUAUUGAACUACUUUUCAUCGAUAGUAGAAAUAGUGAACAUUUAAAUCGUAUUUCAACCUACGAUGGACCAAUUUUCGAGAAGCUUGAAUCUCUCUAUAUCUUUAAUUGUACAAGGCUAUGUUUUAUCACUCGAAUUCUAGACUUUUGUCCAAAUUUAAGAAAUCUCACUCUGAUCUUUACUCAGAACACCGAAAGAAUCCAAAUAAAUAGUGACAUUAAAAACGACAAUUUACAAGGAUUAUUUAUCACUCUUGGUUAUUCGUAUGGAUACGAUAUAAUUCCAAUUGUGGAAAAAUUUCCUAAUGUUCGAUAUCUUAGAAUCGAUGGAACCUUAACGGAAUCACAAUUAACUAAAAUUAUCAGACUACUUCCUCAUUUAUCAGUAUUUGUGAUUUCUGAUGGAAUCAAUUAUUCGCCAACUAAGGCUGAUCAAAUCAAAACAUUUUGCCGAUCAAAGAAUUCAAACAUCAAUGUUUUCUAUCAAUGUUAUCUCACUGGUUUAGAAAAUAACGAACUUUAUAAAAAGUUUCGAAACUCAUUUAAACGUUUAUAGUUAACAAUUUACAAAAUAAAUUGUUGUAUCACAAUUCUCGUGUAUUGAAUGAGAGUUUUGAUAACAAACAUUUAAGGUGAACAAUAUGAUUCAAUAACAUGUUCUUACCUGAAAACAAAACUUCAAGAUAAUUAUUAACGAUUAAUAAUUGAUUGAUUUUUAUAGUUUAUGUUUUGAGAAAAUAGAAAUAAAAUUCUCGAUUGUAAUUGUAUCUUCCUUUUUAAUUGUAUCAUUGUUGUGAUGAUUACCAUUAGAAUUAUCUUCGUUAAUUACAUUAGAUGAACAUUUAGAUAAUUCUGAACCAUGGGAUGAAUUGGAAGAUGUUGACAAUGGAGGUGAAAUUGAACUUGAAAUAACUGGAUCAGGUGAAUACUAAAUGAUAAUCGUGUUGAUUUAACACAAUUAAUAUUGAAGUUGAUUGUCACCUCAUCGUUAACUUUUUCAUCACAAUCAAGCAACAACAUUGUAACAACAUUUAAGC